CAACACACGUUACGUCUUGUACGGUCCGUCACUUUCAAACUGAAAUCGACCGCCAUAAGUAAAAGACGCAGAAAGAAAACCACACCAGACACGCGAAGUGAUAAUUGCGGAAAGAAAAACAAUUUAAUGUGAAACUGAAAGCCAGAUUUUCUCGCAAUAUUAGAGUAACUUUGCGUCCGGCAUUACCUAGUGAAAGAAGCAGUUCUUGAAUUUGAUAGUUUUGUGAAAAAGUGGAAAGCAGUAUAACAAUCGAGAAUGUUCAAUAGUAAGAAGGAUAUCGAUCGCCACGUAAAAACAUCACUAGCGAAAUUACCGGAAAAUGAGAAAUUUCAACGAGGAUUAGCGAUUGCCCGACAAUACUUCAAGUUGGGCGAGUAUGCUAGUGCUGAGCAUUGGUUAUCCUGUUUUCUAACAGUGCAGGAAGAUAGCGCCCAAGCACACAAGCUGCUCGGCCAGUGUUAUGAAAAGCAGAAGAAAACUGACCGGGCUAUCACAUCGUAUCAGCGAUCCCUACAGCUAGAUUCGAAACAAACUGGUUUGAUCACUGAUGUCUGCAAACUGUUACUAUCGGACGAUAAUUUCAGUCGAAACUUGUCAAAAGCGAAGCACUGGUGCGACAUAGCUGAAACAGAACGAAUCAAUCACGAAGCGGUGUUGAAUUUAAAAUUGAAGGUGGCAAAUAAAGAUAAUGCUACCGACAAUAAAUUAGUAAAGGAGAUUAUACUUAAGGAGAUUUGUGCUCGUCCGUUAGAUCCAGGACUAAGGAUACGCCUCGUGAAACAUUUUGUUGAUGAGAAAAUGUUGGACGAUGCGUUUAAGUAUUGCUUUGAUAUUGAAAUGAAGUUUGCGGAAAUGUUUCAACAAUCGGUCGAAUGGGCUAAUGCGAUUUCUUCCAUGCUCACAAAAUAUGCCGAAGCGAAGUCUAAUUCAGUUCAGUCAAAUUGGGGCUACUGGUUACUUUCGGUGAUGACUUUGGAUCGCCAAAUUUAUUUGAACCUCCUCGCAGAUUCUUCACUUCAGGCCAUCAAACAAUGUAAUAUAAAGGAAAUUUCAUCCCUGCUGUUUGAACUGGAUCAGUUACUUGGCAAAUUUUCUGAAAAAGGAAAAAAUUCCUGUCCUCAUAAACAGUUGGCAGAGGAAUUUCUACGACACUAUCGCGGUCAGCUGAUGUUACAUUCGGCUUCGUUGCUGUUCAAAAACGAAAAAUAUCGCGGAAAGUCUCGCGAUAUAACCACAAAGUGCUUGCCGCUACUAUUUCUGGCGUACCAAUGUGGGGUACCCGAUUCGGACGAACUGUGGUUGAAGCAUACCAACGAAAACAUCCGUCACCUUUGGGCGAACUGGAAAAAACAAGCAUCCUAUCGAUGUUGCCAAGCGGGCAAUGUUAUUCUAUCCUGUGUGGACGAAAGUGUGGACGCUUCGGUCAUUGCACAAAUACAGAGCGUAACCGAUAGUAAGAUUUGGAAUACCGCUGAAGAUUUGGUGAAUCAGGUUCGCCAAUUUUGCAGCGAUAUCAAUUGGAAGAAACACAUUUUCCGUGCGCUGUACAGUAGCAGUGGUGAUCAACUAUCAAAACUAUCUUCGUCCUAUUUCAUGCAGAGCACUGCUGUCAGCGAACCAGAUUACGUGCUUCCAAAGCGUGAGCAUCUGCAGAUGUAUUUGGAGAUGGCUCAGUAUCUGUUUCCUUCAUCAUUGCCGUAUCAGGUUUAUUUGGGCUUAGGUUUGGAAGAUUUGUCUGAACUUCGGUGCAAAUCGUUCAGUGGACUAACGAUGUCUACCAAUAAUCUGGACAACUGUAAUGUCGAAACAUUGAAUCAGUUGGACGUAGACUCGUUUUUGUACUGUUCUAUUUUGGUCGCACAAAGUUGUCUGAAUGGAGAACGAAAGUAUCAGGAUGAUGUGAAUACGGGCAGACCGCUUAUUUUGCCCGGUCCAAAUAUGAUUCCGGGAUUAUGCGAAGAAGAUAAGAUGGAUUGGUGGAAUGCUGCUUGUUCGGUGUUCAAAAAUACAAAUUCAGAAGGACAAACUUUGAAUAAACAACUACUGCAACAUGGCCUACAAGCUGUACGUGGCACCGGAACACCUAUCACCGAUGUACUUGUACUGUUGAAAUUAGGUAAAAUUCUAGCUAAAAGAGCCAGCUGUACAGUUUUACCGGAGGAACGUCGACAGUUAGAAUUGAGAGCUGAAAGUGUUUACAAAUCGGGCGUUUUGCUGUGGAAAAUUAGAAAUGAAGCGUCAUUCAGCAGUACCAAUAUAUUUUUUAAGUAUGGAAUGGAUUCAUUCGAGUGCAAUCAGGAAUCAAUCAAACUAGCGGAAAGUGCUUUGACAUAUUUGGCUGGAGUAUACUUCAAACAUGGACGGUAUGAAGAAUUCACGCAUGAUUUCGGAGGUAUUCCGUUGCCUUUUGCGGCAUACUAUCGAGCCGAAGCAUUCAAAAAGUUAGAUGAAUCGAAUAAAGCCCCACUCAAGACAAAAAAAUUCUACUCUGAAAGGGCACGGGAUUGCAUCAAGCAGACCCAGAAAUAUUUAGAACUUCCGUACAUAGAGAAAAGUCAUCCGUUGCAUUACGUUGUCAAUAGUGAGAUGAAACGAUUGCAGUUGAGCGAAUCGCUGGACGGAAGUUUUAAUAGUUCGAUGAAUGGUUUUGGGGCUGCCGGUGUCGAUGAUAGUGAUCAUUUUCAAUCGUUCAGUUCGUCUGCUAACACUGGCCUAAACAGGUCGGAUCGGGAGGUUGUUGCAAAGACUAAUGAACUGGAGGGUUUAAUGCGAAAAAUGAUGGAAACACUGAAUUUUGUGAAAGAGGAUAUUCUAAACAUUAGAAAUGAUGUGGGUGAUAUUCAAGAAAGAUUAGUGAAAAUUGAGGAUAAUAUUUACAAGAAAACAUCUGACGAUGACGCAACAGCAGCUGCUGCCGUUUUCAACGACUUGUAUAUGCUGGACGAACUACAGAAUCCAUCAUUCGUAAAUCAGCCCACUUACAAUCAAACUAUUCAACAAUUGACGCCAAAUUUACCCCCUGGGCACUCGCGAAUAUCAAACCACCAGGCAGCAGCUGCUGCAGCUGCAGCCGUUGCUAUGCAACAACAAAAUCCCUAUCAACAGUUCUACAACACUUCAUAUCCCAUGUACAUGCAACAGUAUGCACAACAGCAAGGGCGUGCGCAAAUCGGUGCAGUUGCAUCACCCAUGCACGCUUAUCAAGAUAGCAAUCUACUCGCACCAGCCACUCCGGCAGCAUACUAUCAGCAACAGACACAGGCACAACCGUCCCUACCGCAAGUCUCUAUUCCACAUCAUCAGCAAAUCGCUACCACGAAAGGAUCUGCACUCAUUGAACAAGCCCUCCAAACACCUACUCUGUUGAACACAUGGAAUUCGACUUAUAACUCAAACCAUCCAUCCACUUCGACUCCACAUGUACCAGCUCUUCUAGAUAAAGCUCCGCCGGUCAAUGUAGUGAUUACCAGUUCUGAUCCACUUCCAACCAACAUAUCGCUCGGAACCACACAACCAACGUACAGUGUAACGAUUCCACCGCAACACAUCAAACACAGUGUUGUGAACAACACGGUCACAGGUGUCACUUCAGUGGUACCAUCCACAGCAUCGGGUAUUGAAAAUAUAUCCCCCGUUGGUCAACAAACGAUCAACACGAAAUUCCCAAUGCCCGCUCCAAAGGCUACUGUUCCAGCAAUCAAUCCGGGCAUGUUCAGUCAAAACAUCAUCAAUGCGGUUUCCACUGAGGAGGUCGAGAAAGACGAGGACGACGAAAAUACGGCCAAUAUUUCUGGCGAGUACGAUCCACGGCCAGAUUUCCAACCUAUCAUUGCGUUGCCUGAUGAAGUUGAAGUGAAAACUGGUGAAGAGAACGAAGAGAUGAUUUUCUGCGGACGCUCUAAACUGCUUCGUAUGGUGGACAAAGAGUGGAAAGAACGAGGCCUAGGAGAUCUGAAAAUUUUGAAGAGUAAGUCUGAUCCGUCCAAAUACCGUAUUGUCAUGCGCAGAGACCAGGUUCAUAAAAUUGCUGCGAAUCAUUCAAUCAGUCCCGAGCUGAUAAUUAAACCUAUGGAAAAGAACAACAAAUGCUAUAUGUGGGCGGCAAUGGACUUCGCCGAUGAGGAACCGAAGAAAGAAACUUUCUGUGCCCGAUUUGCCACCGCCGAAUUGGCCAAAGAAUUUCACGAUAAAUUCAACAAAGCAAAAGAGGAGAUUAUUCACUUGAAGAAACAAAAAGAAAAACAGUCCUCAAAUGUUGGAUCAGUUCCGGCAUUAUCAUUUGGGAAUACCGCGGCCUCUAAUCCUACCAAUAAGCCGCUGUUUGGUUCUUUGUCAAGUUCAACGUUCGGUACAACUGGUGUCACUUCAACGCCAGCGACGACGAGCGUGACAACUUCAUCGUUCCAAGGAUUCACAUUUACCAAUAAUUUUACACCAAAAACUCAAGUACCGACAAUAAAUUCCGACACAACAAAUAAAGAACCCAGUAAACCUAGUCCGUUUGCUUCGUUCACAUUCGGUGGAAGUAAAUCUGUCACGAGCGCAACGGCGGGCAAUGAAUCUGGUAGUAACAAAUCACUAACCGACAUAUUUAGCAGUUUAAAUCAACUUUCUUCCCCAGCUUCUGUGACCGGUACACCACCGGUAUUGAAAACACCGGAAAAGAUUGUUACCACGUCCGAAACCGAUGAAACGGUUGAGGAUUUCAUCCCAACAGCUGAUUUCAAACCUGUAAUUCCUCUUCCCGAUUUGAUCGAAGUAAAGACGGGUGAGGAAGGUUUUGAUUGCGUUUACGAGCAUCGUGCGAAAAUGUACCGUAUGGACAGGGAAGCAAAGGAAUGGAAAGAACGCGGUAUUGGUAACAUAAGGGUGUUGGUAAAGAAAGACGACAACAACACGGUACGGUUGUUGAUGAGACGCGAACAGGUGCUAAAGCUGUGCUGUAAUCAGUUAAUCACUAAGGACAUGAAGUUUACUCUUGUAGAGAAAACCAAAUCGUUGACCUGGGUGGGACAUGAUUACUCCGAGAAUGAGCUGACUGUGGAAACAUUUGCAAUACGUUUCAAGACCAAGGAUAUUCUUGAUGAUUUUUACAACACACUAAAAAAGAUUCAAUCGGCUAUGAGCGAUAAAUCGGAUAGUAAAGCAAAUAAAGAAGAGGUGAAAAAAUUGGAACCGAAAGGUUUUGGAGAUGUGUUCAAGCCUAAAGCCGGAGCAUGGACCUGUGAUGCGUGUUACGUAUCCAACAAAGCUGAAGAUCUGCACUGUAUUUCUUGUGCGAGCCCUAAGGAUCCCACAGUACCUAAAAAGGAAUCUAAUAUUUUGGAUUUAUCAAAAUCGACAAGCAAAUUUAAGUUUGGAGCACAGCCGGCCACCGAAGCAGCAAAGUUUAACUUUGGCGUUCCAACUGCCCCAACAAAACCAGCGGAAUCCGCCAAAAAAGAAGAAUCGAAAGGAUUCGGUGAUCAGUUCAAACCAAAAGCAGGAUCUUGGACAUGCAGCGGUUGCUAUGUUAGCAAUAAGGGGGAUGAUUUAUAUUGUUUGGCUUGUGAUACCCCCAAAGACCCAACGGUUCCAAAGAAAGAAGAUAAGGUUGGUGGCGAAACGCCAAAAUUCAACUUUGUGCCGGGUGGUGGUUUCACUUUUGCUACCACAGUCGCACCUCAAACAACUAGUAACGCCUCUGUGCCAAGUGUAACUAAUAGCAAUACUAUGAAAGGAGGCUUCGGUUUCGGAUCUACCCCAGCAUCAGGGUUCUCGUUUGGUUCUUCAACUGUACCAGCCCCAGCAACUACCACUGCUUCCCAGUCAGGUUUCCGAUUCGGAUUACCCAAACCAACCAUGUCAUUCGGAUCCACUUUGAGUGAGAUUAAAUCAACAGAAGAUAAACCUGUUAGCAACUCUGUACUACCAGCCCCGGAAAAAUCUACAUUCGAGUUUGUAUUCAAACCCAAAUCUCCUGGAAAGUCAAAAAGCCCUGCCCGCACUUUGAGUGUCGGUUCUGAAAAUGCCGAAGGAGAAGUAGAAGAAGGUGAUGGAUGUGCAGAAGAGGAGAACAACACCUACUUCACCCCAGUUAUCCCAUUACCGGAGAAAGUUGAUGUUAAAACAGGUGAAGAAGAUGAGGAUGUGCUUUAUUCUCAUAGAGCAAAAUUAUAUCGUUUUGUUGAUAAGGAAUGGAAAGAACGAGGUAUCGGUGAUGUCAAAAUUCUUAAGCACAGGACUAGUGGAAAGCUCAGGGUUUUGAUGCGCCGAGAUCAAGUAUUAAAAAUAUGUCUCAACCACGCCCUAGACACAAACGUUGAGUACCAGAAGAAGGAUGACAAGUCGUGGCAAUUUUUGGCGAAUGACUUUUCCGAAGGCACAUUUGAAGUGAUGAAUUUCUCAUUACGCUUCAAAACGUCUGAUAUUGCGAAAGAAUUCAGAGAUGCAAUAAAAAGAGCACUAUCGGGCGAGUUAUUUGAGGCUUCUGCAGGCACCGAAAGCAAACACGAUGCCACACUCGAUACCACGAUUUCAACUCCCAAUAGCAACUUUAAUUUCUCACAGUUGAGUGACAUAUCGUUGAAUGACAAAGAACUGGCAGCAAGUUUAAAACUACCGGAAAAUUUCUUCGAUUCUCCGGCUCAGCCUUGUUCUGGUUGUAGAGGUUGUGAAUCCGAUAGUUUCAAAUUCCCUAAUCACACUUUGGUAGUGAAUAAAGAAGUCGAAGAUGAGAAACCACUACCGACCAGUGUGAAAGAUGUGAAACCAAUAGCUGCAACACCUAUAUUGAGCAAAUCUCCCAAAAAAGUAAGCUUUACUGAUACAACAGCGGACAAGACGGUGGCAAGCAUCUUCAGUUCUUUGUCCACGAAGACGGAAACGACGUCGCUAUAUAGUAUUAACAGUUUUGUGACGGCCGAGAAACAAUCUUCGGCUUCGACCAUUUUUGGAGGAUCGGCUAAACAAGCAGAGCAGAGCACACCAAAGUCCAUUUUUGGAGGUAUCUCUGCCAACUCCGGGCAAUCAUCAACUGGAUCGAUCUUCUCUUCGUCGCUUAACACCACUCCGAAAACAGUGCUCAUGCCAUCUCAAUCUUCGUCCGACAAAGCAAAGUCGCCGCUGCUGCAACCAUCUGUUUUUGGAUCAGCAUCGCCUGCUUCGAACAAGUCAAUGGAAGGAGUAAAACUUUUUGGGACUGGUUUCGGUCAGAAUGCUGCUAGUCCCAGCAUUUUCGGUGGAUCGUCAAUCUCACCAGCUGUUGUGAAAGAAGAUAGUUCAACUACUUAUAAAACUAACGCUUCUACCCCGAUUUUUGGGUCGGUUGGUACCAACAGUACGUUUAGUGGUUUCAGUAAUACAACACCUAAAUCCGUGUUUGGUACUGAUUUUUCAAACACAACUGGUGCGGCCCAGGAGCAGAAAUUGUUCGGCUCUGGUGGCAACAAUAAUAUGUUUAGCUUUGCUGAUGCUGCCAAGGGAUUUGAUAAAAACGGUACAGAAAACUCUACUGUCAACAAAUCGGAACCAGAUUUUUUGAAAAAUGUAGAAUCUGGAGUAAGUUUUGCUGCUCUGGCAUCUGGCAACACUAGCAAUUUCUUGACUAAACAGAAUGCACCAAACAGCGGGUUUGUUGGUCUAACUGUCAAGGAGGAUUUCUUCACUAGAAUGGCGAAUAAAACCAAACAUGAUAGCAGCGGUGGAGCAGACCAUGAUGAUGGUGACAAUGACGGAGCGGGGGCAGAAGAAAAUUAUGACCCGCAUUAUGAGCCAAUCAUUCAGUUACCUGAUGAAAUUGAAGUACGGACGGGAGAGGAGGAUGAGAUGAAAAUAUUCGGAGAAAGAACCAAGUUGUAUCGAUUCGAUUCCGACACUAAGGAGUGGAAGGAACGAGGAGUCGGUGAGUUGAAGGUCUUGCAUCACCCAGUGCAUAAGAGCUACCGAUUAUUAAUGCGACGAGAACAAAUCUUCAAACUAGUACUGAACCAAGCCGUGACAGAUGAUCUGCAAAUCUCGUCAUUGAACAACUCAAGCAAAGCAUUUUCAUGGGCAGCAAUGAACCAUGCCGAAGAAGGGCCACAGCUUGAGCAUUUGGCAGUGCGGUUCAAGAAUGAAGAAAUUGCCAGCACAUUCAAGGCCGUCGUUGAACAGUGCCAGGAUAAACUGCGUAAAAAAUCCCCGGGUCACGACUAGUACCAGCCGUUCGCUGGACGUAAGUAAUUAAUAAAUAAGAGAUAGUUGUUUUUGUUUUAUGUUAUGAUAAACGAUAUCCUGUUGCAUCUGAGCUUGAGCAAUUUUUGUCUGUUUUGUACUUCUCUUCGAGUUGCAAUUUAGACCGAUCGCAACCGAUUGUUACUGUCCAUAGAUAACGCCAGAUGAGUAAUAAAUUUCGUCUUGAAAUGUUCUAUCUAUUCUGCAUGUUUUUCCAAAAUAAAAAAUGGACACAAAGGUGAUGGUCAAUUUAUUCUGAACCUUUUCUUCCUAAUUAGGGAAACAAAACUAAAUAGACGUAAAACAGUCUCUCACAUUACCUUCAUCAUUGAAUACUAAAAUACAAUUAUAAAAGUAACUUGAAGUGACAGCCAUGCCUGGCAGUAAGCUUUUGCCAACAUUAAAACUCGAAAAAAUAAACAAAAGACUGACGUAUAGCGAAAAUGAUUGAUCACAAUUUGUCAUGGUGAAAAUUCCAGGUAUGGUCCGUGUUUCACCUCAGGUUAUUUUGAUUAAAUGCCGCUCAUAGUGGAUUAGGCUAUUACUAUCGUAUAUAAGUUUUUUAGAUUGUAAGCACAUAUGACUUUAAACAAGGGUUGACUAAAUUUUCUGAUGCAAUGCUACCUUUGCGAUUCGGUUGUGUUCAGUGUGCUGGUAGAGAUUCAAUCGAAAUCACAGUCAAUCGUGUUAGAAAAUAGCAGCUUAUUAAAACAUAUUCAAUGUAAUUGAUAUGAAA